AUGGAGACUUCUUUCCUGGAAGAUGAUGAGGGCAAAUUACGCCUCGCCACUGCUAAAGGUUUCCUCGCUAAUGGAAAUCACAUAAAGGCCUUGGAGAUAUUUGAAGAUAUGAUUUUGGAUCAUAGUGAAGACACGAACGCAUGGUAUCUUCGUCUCCAACAAGGUAAAGUUUUCGAGGAACUAGCGGAUAAUGCAGAGAAUCCUGACGUGAAAUUUGCAUACUUGUUGGGUUCUGUAGAAUGCUUCUCGGAAGAUCAUGGCUCAUCACCAAGUUGUGCACAUUCACUCUAUAGAUUAGCAGGACAGAUUGGGUCAAGGUUUUAUUACAAGAAAUCCGAAGAGAAAGCUAAACAAGGUUUAUCUGUUACUCACCCAGACGGCUCGGCUUCUGUUUCUGAAUUGAGUUUGGAAGAGCAAAUCCUAAUGAACGAGAAAAAUAGUGGACUGAAUGAUUUAAUCGAAGUUGCAGAGUCCAUGAUCGCUCUUGGUUGUCCUAUUCAAAAUGGUGAAACGAAAGUUUGGGAGUCAAAGAAGAGUACAGACCCGUUGAAGAAUGAGAAGAAAGAAUUGAGGAGCUUUUGGUUGGGAUUGGAUAUUAAGAUCAAAAGGGACCUUUUGAAAGUAAGCAUUGAAGAGCUUUUAAGUUUUACCGAGGGAGUACAUAACAGAAAGGGACUAGAGGCUUUGGAAGAAAUUCUCACUUCUGCCAGGGAAGACAGAAAAUGGACAUUCUGGAUGUGUCGAACUUUAUGUUCAAAGAAGUUUUCUAGUGCUGAAGAAUGUAGGAAUCAUCUUGAGCAAGAACAUGAUGCAGAUUUUAAGCCUUCUUCAGAAAAGGAUAUGGUCAAGAGGAUAGGGAAAAACUGGGCUCGUAAGAUAUCGGCUGGAGCUUGGGAACCAGUGGAUGUAGUAGCAGCCGUUGAAAUGAUCAAGAACCCGCUUGCAGAUGUGAAAACGUUUAAAUCUAAUAGUGGAUGGUCCAAACAAUGGCCUUUAGCUGUAGACGAAGAGCGCAGAAAGUUACUCAAGGAAAUCAAAUCGUUUCUUAUGUUGAUUCGUGACCAUAAAAUUCUCUCCUCUAGCAUUCGAAACUGGCUGAUAAGUUUUCCGGUUAGACAUCUUGGAAAACUUGAAGUUUCCGAACAGACUCUUGAUGAUUUUCACCUAGUGGAAACACCUCAGAGUAUCUGUUUUUUGGAAUGUCAUGACCUCAUUCACAUCCGAGACAUUCUAGAAAAUAUCAAGUGUGAAAGGGAUGAUGGCACAGAUCUGGUUUGCAGAGCAGUGGACAGUUUCUUGGAUCGUACUCGAGUUAAUGAAAAGAUGGACUUUGACCCUGAGUUUUCAAUUCUGCUUCUGGAUAAAAGACUGUUGAAAAGCAAGUGUGCUCCAUUGGAUGAUGAAGGGACAGUCAAUGUUUUUGAUCCCGAUAAUCACUACGCCGAGGCACAUGCUAAGGGAGAUGAUUUUAUAUCCUGGUUAGUUGACUACUCUUCAGUAGAUAAGUUCUUUCCCAGACCUAUCAGGGAACACAAUCUUGAUAUCUGGGUGGCUGUUCUGAGAGCUGUUCAGUUCACAUGUAGAACUUUGGGAACAAAAUAUGCAAAGAAAGUGCAGGUCUUAGACUAUGAUGCAGCUCUUACUGUCAUUGAGAACUUGUGUAAGAGCGAAGAUGAAAGAAGAAGGAAUCUUCAGGAAGAGCAAUGGAACAGAUAUGCAUCUCUUCUAUGCGAUAGAUGUAAACAGAGUGUCACCGGAUAUUCCCUCGGCACAGAGUCACUCUUGUGUGCAGUACGAGAUGUUCUUGAAAGAGCAUCGUAUCCGACAUAUGAUUUCACUGAUUUAAAAGAUUGCCUGGAUCUUAGACAUGAGCGUAAAAGUCUCAGUGAUGAUCUAGUCUUGGAGUCCAUAAUGCUUCUCAAAUUAAUGGUCACUUACAAGGUUCAUUAA